AUGACGGCGCCAUCAGUGAAAAGCAAUGCAGUGGAUCAGUUAGAGGAUGGGAAUCAUGACGAGGAAUUGAAACUCAGUGAAGCAACCGAAGCUGCAAUCAAAGAUAUGUGCUACACUGAAUUCUGCCGUCCUGAUCAAGAACUCACCGCUCAAAUCAAUGAACUUUUUCCUACGGAACAGUCAUUAGCUCAACUGGACACAGUUAUUGCUGCUGUGGAAGCGGAAAUUCAUGAUUUGGACGUGGAAUUGGCUUCACUGGUGGAAUCGCACGAAGAAGUUGGAGCACAAGGAGAAGCUGCUUUAGAAGAGGCUCAAAGAGCUAUGGUUGAGUUAGAACAACGCAUCGACAGUAUCCGCGGAAAGACAAGAUCAUCCGAUGAGAUUGUUCGAGAAAUGACCAGAGAUAUCAAGCAGCUCGACAUUGCUAAACGAAAUCUGACAUCAUCUAUUACGACACUUCAUCACUUGCAUAUCUUAUUGACGGGCGUCGACUCUUUGGCUGUAUGGGUAGAACAACGGGAUUACGCCUCCAUAGCUCGCCAGCUGCCAGCCAUUUUGAAUGUACUGCAAUUGUUCGACGACUUUCAAGAAGUUGAACAAAUGGCUAAGAUUACAAAUAGGCUGAAUAAGCUCAAGCAGUCUCUCACCAUACAACUAGCUGGUGACAUGAAAGCAGUUUUCCAGGCAGGCCAACUAAGCGAAAGGGUGACAGAUAUGUGUCGAGUUGCAGCUGCCCUUGAAGGCACUGUGAAAGCUAAUUUCUGUAAAUGGUUCAUAGACCAACAACUAGCCGAGUACACCGUUCUUUAUGCCGAAAAUGAGGAGGGCGCAUGGCUGGAUAAGAUCGAGGAAAGAUAUAAGUGGUACGUUCGCAAACUAACGGAUUUCGAGAGGACCGGCCUAGCAAAAGUGUUUCCUCCUGAUUGGGACAUGGGACGCUUGAUGACAAAGGAAUUCUGCAAUGUCACCAGGGAUGUACUUUACCGCAUGUUAACCAGACGUCGCCCUGAUCUAGAUUUUCGACUGCUGGGUCAUGCCAUCCAACACACGAGAAUGUUCGAGGCUCUUCUCACGAAGAGAUUUCCGCCUAAAGCUGAAUUCAAUUUUGAUAAGGCAAUUUGGAGCGUCUUCGACUCAUUCUUGGAUGUUUUUAUAAGUGCUCAGGAGAAAACACUUAAUGAGUUCUUAGAGAGUUGUGCGAUAAAGAUAAGGUCGGGAAAUACUACUGAGGUCCCAUCACGUGAAUGCUCCACUCAUGCAGUGCCUUUUUCCUCAUCAGCUGAUAUGUUCUUGCUGUUAAAAAAGGUGAUCACCGAGUGUAGUAAGCUCAGCAGUGAACCGGAUGCGUUGCUGAAUGAUGUGGUAGGAGUAGUACGAGUUUGCCUUCGUAACUACGCUCACGGUUGCUUGACAGCUUUCUUACCUACCGCUCAUGGACAACAAAGCAGCAGUAGUACAGCUAAUUUGUUCAAUCUCAUCAGGGAAGACACAACUGUGCUGAGGCUAACUCCUGAUCAACAAUUUCUAACAUGCUGCAUAUUGGCAACAGCAGACUGGUGCGCUGAAACGACGUUACAAUUGCAGGAGAAGCUUGCUCAACGACUACCCGGUGUAGAUCUCAGCCAAGAGAUGGAAACCUUUUACACCAUAACGAACCAAGCUUUGGCUGUAUUAGUGCAGGAUCUCGAGGGAGCAUGCGAUGCAGCUUUGCAAGCUAUCGCCAAAAUUACCUGGUCAGCUGUGGACGGCGUCGGUGACGAGUCGCCAUUUGUUGGUGCGAUCAGAUCGCAUCUUAGAGCAGCAGUACCACGACUACGCGAUCUACUAUCAGAUAGACGAAAGUAUUUUGCACACCUGUGCCUGAAGUUAGCCACUCAAUUAUCGCAUAAGUUUGUUGGAGCACUAUUCAGAUGCAAGCCGAUAAGCACGCACGGCGCUGAACAACUCCUUUUGGAUACUCACUCGUUGAAAUCGUUCCUGCUUCAAAUGCCAUCGAUAGAUAGUGCUAUCGCCGCAAAACCGCCUACUGCAUAUGUGAACGGUGUCAGCGCAGCGCUGAACAAAGCUGAGAUGAUCCUUAAGGUGGUUAUGUCGAACAUGGAAACUCCUGAAGAUUUCGUAGAACACUAUUCUACUCUGCUACCUGAGUCAAAUACGUCAGAGCUACAGAAGGUUUUGGACAUGCGCGGAGUCAAGAAAGUGGAGCAGACGGCUAUUCUUCAGGCAUAUAGGCUGAAGUUUGGAGCCGCGGCAGACGCAACGCCCACAGUCCCGGUAGGAGUGGGGAACUCAUUGUCAGCCACACAAGCACUGAAUGCUGUCGUAUCGAUGGCAGCGGACGGAUUGGCCGAAACAACCAGUAUGAAAAGGCUUGAAAAACUAGUGAAGAGAAAUUUCUAA